GCCAAUGAUCUACCUCGAGGGUCCUUCUUCUUGGCUUUACAAAUAAUAAUCGUAAACACAAUCUUCCCAACUACUCCUAACUAAUAGGUCAACCCCCUAAAGAAUAGAUGAGUUCUGGAUUCAACUCCAUUCAUAGAAAAAACACAACCUGGAACAACUAUCUUCUCCCAUUUCGGCAGUUUAUCUCUAGUAGUAAUGUGGUCUUUCAUAACCAGCCAAGUGAAGAAGUUAUCACGGGGGAAUGGGGGAUAGCAAACUUAGACCGUAGUUUUGCCACUCGACUACAGGGAGAUGAGGCAUGAUUUCUCUCAUAUUAUUUUGGUAUUUUUCAAUUCUCACUCUUAUCCGACUCUAUUGGGCCAAACAUCGUCAUCACCGGCCCAUGCGGACGUCAAGGCUCAUAUGGCCCAUGAAGACGUGGUGGAGACGACCAUCUUUCAUUCUCCUACAGGUACUAGUGAUCCUCAUUGUACCCUAGAUGAGUUUGACGAAUUAGGGUAUAACUAUUCAUGUAAGGCCAUCGGCCAAAGCAAGCAUUAAAGCAAUCAUCUUUCCACUAUGGAUGUAAGCCUCACAAACGUGAGGAAGAACCACGUUAAACCAAGUGGCCAUUUAAUUUCAGCUAAAUUUCACAUGGUAUUAGAGCUCUAAGCUCCAAUUCCUUCUCGUUUCCUGUCCGCCAUGACUAUCGGCGCCGAUGACACCAAAAACAAGGGAAUUUCUUCCAGCUCCGUAGACGAUGUCCUUUCGCCGGCCCUUCACCUCCAUAGCUCCGACAGCCCCGACAAUAUGCUGGUUGGGGAGAUUCUUACGGCAUCCAAUUACGGGGAGUGGUCCCUCGACAUGAAAGAUGCCCUUAUUGCCAAAGACAAGUAUGGUUACGUUGAUGGAACCAUCCUAAAACCGACUGAUCCUCGCGCGUUGACCGCCUGGACGCGUUGUGACGCCAUGGUGAAGGGUUGGUUGAAGACAUCUAUGGACAAGGAGAUUCGCAGUAGUAUCCGAUUUGCUGAGCACGCGUCAGAGAUUUGGGCGGAUCUUCGUGCCCGGUUCGGUCAGGGCAGUGCCUCUCGUGCUUACGAAUUGCAUCGCUUAAUCAAUCUUCUUCAACAAGAAAAGAACAUUGUUUCUGCUUUCUAUACCAGUUUGCGGUCCAACUGGGAAUAGUCGGCUGCCAUUACUACUAUGUUGGCUUGUACCUGCGGCCUCUGCACUUGCGACAUCUCUCGCAAGGCUCGUGCACAACCGGAGAGCGCGUGCUUAUUUAAUUUCCUUAUGGGUCUUGAUGAUGCAUUCGGAGCAGUUCGUGCUCAUAUUUUGGCUAUGCGGCCUACUCCGACCCUGGAUGAAGCUUUCAAUAUGGUACUCACCGAAGAACAUCAAAAGAAUAUUACUCAAAACCGCAAGGCCCCAGCUGAGGCGGUUGUUUUGCGGCAAAGGGCGAUACUAAUCGCUCUUCUCGUGGAUCAGGUGAUUCUCAUGCUACGGGGGAGCAGCGUGGCCGGCCAAAGUGUACGCACUGUCACCGCCAUGGCCACACCCACGAAUCCUUUUAUGAGCUAAUUGGAUACCCACAUGGGUAUCGCACAAGAGAUCGCCAAGGGGAUCGAAACCAGGGAGACCGGAACCAGCAACAUCGCAAUCGACCGGCUGUGGAAGCCUCACAACGAGAAACCAAAGCUUCUCAGGUAGACGCGGAAGCAAGUUCGGUUCCCAGCUUCACCGCGACUAAGUUGGAAAAGUUGAAGCAUUUUUUUGGCUAUCCAGGCAAACCUUCUAAUGACCCGGCAGCUCACAUGGCAGGUAUGGUUUCUUACAAAUUACAAUUAUGAAUGGUUAUUGGAUUGUGGUUGCAAUGAGCAUAUUACUAUGGAUGAGUCGAUGUUAUCUAGCAAAGAAUUGUAUACUAAUGGGCAGUCAGUUUGUAUCCCUAACGGGGAUAACAUACCCGUUAAGCAUGUGGGUUCAGUAAAACUCCACGAGGGUCUUACCCUGGGGCGAGUUCUUCAUGUUCCUGAGUUUCUAUGUAAUCUCAUCUCUGUGAGUCGGCUAACAAAGGUUAACCGCGUCGUUUUAAUUUUUCUUGAAAAUUUCUGCAUCAUUCAGGACUUACUUUCCAAGAAGUUGAUUGGGAAGGGUGAGUUGCGUGAUGGCUUGUACUACUUGCGUUUGUUUGGAGUUGGCCAGACGCAGGCAUGUGCAGCACAGACACGGCUCACUGCUACGAAGCUACAUGGCACGCCCGUCUAGGGCAUCCUUCCCUUGAGAAACUUUCAUCUCUUAGUUCACUACUGGGUGUGUCUUUCAGUAAUAGUGGACCCUGUCAUUCUUGUUUGAGGACCAAGAAGACGUGAGAACCAUUUAUUUCUAGCACUAUUAAGACGAAGUCUAAAUUUGAUCUUAUUCAUGUUGAUAUUCGGGGAGGAUACAAGGUCGCAUCCCUCAGCGGUGCCCAUUAUUUUCUGACCAUUGUUGAUGAUUAUACUCGUGGAGUUUGGGUUUAUCUUUUGCGGUAUAAGUCUGAUGUUGGUAAAUAUUUGAUGCAAUUUUGUCAUAUGAUUCGCACACAGUUUGGUUGUUCUGUUAAGCGUAUUCAGGCAGACAUUGGGCAUGAGUUCAACACAUAUGAUUUACGCGCCUAUUAUGAGCGAGAGGGUGUUCUUCUUCAGACGUCUUGUACAGAUACUCCUCAGCAGAAUGGAGUAGUUGAGAGAAAGCAUCGUCAUAUCCUGGAAACAGCACGUGCUUUGAGGUUCCAAGCUAGUCUUCCUAUUAAAUUCUGGGGAGAAUG